AAAAAUGACUUUUCAAAACUCAAUAAAUUUAAAUUGAGCAGAAAAUCUUUUAAUAACUUGGCGAGGCAUCACGUACUUUGCGUCGUCAUGACAACGUGCGUCCGAAACCGAAUAAGACUAUGUCCAAUGAGGAUGUAGAGUAGACGACCAAAGCAUCCAGAACUUCGAUCCGAGGAAAAUUUGUGUGGUGGUCUUAUCAGUUUCUACAAUGGCUCAAAAGAUUAAUGAUUACCCAGUGCCUGGAGAGGCAGCGGCAGGAGAUUGCAAUCAUACAGUGAUAAACAAGCAAUGUGAGAAAAAAGCAAAAGGAGAGCUAUGUCUUGAUUUGAGCAAUCAGUCGUUAUCAGAGGUUUCGUUAGAUAUAGCCACAAAACCUCAACACCUUCAGUUUCUCUUCCUUCAGAGCAAUCUAAUUAAGAGACUUCCCACUAAUUUCUUUCUUGGACUCCCUAAUUUGAGACAUCUUGACCUUCGUGAAAAUAAGCUAUUCGAAAUUCCUACAUCUAUUGCAGGCCAUGAUAGUUUAGAAGUCCUACUCCUUCAAAAUAAUAAGCUACCAGCUUUACCAUGUGAACUAGGUCAAGUUCCUCGAUUAAGAAAGCUACAAUUUUCUGGAAAUCCAAUAAGCUGGCCGCCAAUCACCAUUUUGUCGAAAGGACUGGACACAAUUUUAUCAUUUUUGCGCGGUGCUUACAUGGAACAACUCAGUCAAGGUGUAGUAGACAUUAUUCCCAAAGCAAAUGAUUAUGAGUGUACAAAAGAUGGAGAAGAUUGCGUAAAUAUAGCUUCAAGUGAUGCUACAAAUUCAAGUCAAUCUCAGACCUCGCUCUCACUUUAUGGAGAGAAAUUUGUUCCUCAGUCCUCAAUUUUGUUUGAGUCGCUAAAGGAGAGAAGAUCUAAACCAAAUGCCCAGGAGCUAAAAGAGAAAUCUGUGAAUAAACUUAUUCUUCUACAGGGAAACUCAAAACAACUUAAGAAUCGUGGGCCUACAUUAAAAACCAACACAUCCACGAAAGAUAUUAAGGGUCCAUCCUUGCAACCCAUUAUUUCAGCAGGACAUGCUCAAGCCAUUAUGAAUGGACAGUCCUUCCCACUUGGCUAUAGAAAGCGUACUGCAAGUCCAUCAACAACAAAAAUAUACAAGACAUUACUGAAAAAGUUGUGGCUAAACCAGUUGAAAUGUGUGCUACAAUCCCAAGAUCAAGCUCUACAAAAGCAAAAAACCUCGGAGGCUUUAAAGCAGUGGCGCCAAGAGGCAAGAGCUCUUAAAGAAAGUGCAUCACACCACAACUGGUCUGGCAUACAAUUUCCUUAUGAUUUUGAUUCUAACCACCUUAAAAUGAUGACACGGUCUGGCUGGCAGAUGUUUCAGAACAAAUCAUUGGAGAAAAGGGGACAUGAAAAGCCAAAGGAAUCUUGUAUCAGAGCCAUGGGCUUGCAAGAUAAGAUCAAUCAAAUACUUCUAACUUUUGAAGAGAUUGACUCAUCAAAAUGUACUUCCCUUCCUCAAUCUAACAACACUGACAGUUCAACUCAAUGUAAAUUACUAGCUGAAGAGAUGAAAAGGAUUUCAGAUUUACAGAAAGCUGUCCAAGCACUGAGGCUUUCCAUAUAAUGGUGCACUUAUUUUAAUGAUAAAUAAUGAUUCCUAAUAAACCUUUGACAACUUGAUAGUUGAAAUACAGCACUACUGUUGGAUGGACG